UGUGUGUGGGGGGGAGUGAAGGGGGGCGGGGCUAGUUAGUGAGAAAUGGGUAAGAAAAAGAAAGGAGCUGUGUGCAACAAUCCAGUGGCCAUGGCUAGGGCCAGUGGUCCACCCCCAGUCACAGGACCCACCAUCAGGGACUACCUGGCCAGAGACAGGCCGUCACUGGAAGAGGCCACGGCCUUACUGCAGCAGAGCGCCUGCAGGUACAAGGGUUCGGGAGCAAUGGCAGCUUAUGAGGAACAGAUGAAUGAUCACUACAGAGAGGAGCUGAGGAGACACAGAGAGAGUGUACUAGGGGAGAGCUCACGGACAUCAGACAAAAAGAAGAAGAAGAAGAAGCGUAAGAGUGUUAGGAGGUCUCGCUCCAGGAGUAGGUCUCCAUCUUCACAUCACAGGAGAAAGAGUAAGAGGAAGCAUAAGAGAGAGCAUCACAGCAAACACCACCCAGGGACCGAGUCAAGCUCUGAGAGUGAGGAUGACCAGAGAAAGACUAAAGAAUGUCCUGAGCAAAGAACCGAACCCACUCCCCCUGGCCAUGUCAGCUAGUUUUGUUUUUUGCCUGUUAAAUGCAAUCAAUUGUCAAA